AUGAACAAUUCGCAGGUAAAUCCCUUUGCGAAUAUUGGCACUCCAGCGUUCAAUCUGUCGCAAGUGCCGAGCAACAUUUUACAGAAUUUGACGCCCGUCCAAUUGCAGAUGAUACAGCAAAAACACCAGCAGUUACUCAUGGAGCGACAGGCGAUGCAAACUGGUGGUGGCGGUAGCAAUGGGGGUGCGAUAGCUCAGACUAGUGCAGCCACUGCAGCCAGCGCCGCGCAGUUGAAUGCGGCACAACGUGCUCAGAUUUUGAAAGCCAAACAGCAACAAACCGUACAGCAGCCCAUGCAACAGCCCAUGCAACAGCCCAUGCAACAGCCCAUGCAACAGCCCGUUUCACAGGGCCAUACACCUCAGUUCAAUGCACAUACUCCAGGGCCAACGACGCCAGCUACGCCCGCUGCACCGGCUCCGUCGGCGACACAACCUAUCAAUCUCCCUCCUCAAAUUGCACAGUUACCGCCACCGUUGCAACAGCGUGUGCUGAAUAGUCUCAAGCAACAGGCCAUUGCCAAAAACAACACGGCUGCAGCGGCUGCCAUCACUGCGGUGCAACAACAACUCGCACUCCAGCAUCAGCAGCAGCAGCAACAACGUGGCCCACAACCUGCACCUGUGCAACGAGCACAGCGUGCAGGUAAAAACAUUGGCGCGACACCUACAGCACCAUCUCCUGCUGCCUCCGCUGCUGCUGCUGCUGCGGUCGCGGCGCCUAAACCACAGCCCGUGUUCCAGGACCCUCCAGAACAGAUCAUGAACUCCUUCUCUUACUGGACCGACAAAAUCCAGCAAGGCGAAACCAAACUAAAAGAACCCGACACAACCACACUUCUAUACGAACAAAUUAUCAGGCGCGAUCGCGAAAAUGCCAAGCAACUCAUCAAGGAACGGCAGGGCUAUGAACCUUUCAGCAAAUAUGGGUUCAGUCACAAGGAAUACCUUACGCGGCUGUUGCAGGAUCUCAACUACUACAAGGAACUCAAGGCUACGCGCAUGAAAUCCAUCACCAACACGACCCAGGGCGUCGUCUCCAAGAGUAUUUGGGGCGACGGCUACAGCGGCUACGGCAACGGGUUUACAAACACGAUCACCCAGAUCGUACCGGGCAACGUCGCCACCGAUGGCCGUCUCCUCACGCACGACCGUCUAGAGGACGUGUAUCGGCAAGCGAUGCGCGAAACCGACGCAGAACUUGUGCCCGUGCGACUCGAAUUCGACGCCGAACGUGACAAAUUUUCGCUGCGUGACACUUUCAUUUGGAACCGUAAUGACAAUUUGCUCAAAGUCGAGGAUUUUGUUGCGGAGUUAUUGCGCGAUUACCGAUUCCACGCCAACGACCAAUUCACGGAGGCCGUGGUGCAAGCGGUGCGUGAACAAAUCGCAGAAUUCCAACCUGACCCUUUUAUAACACACAACAAAGAACAGCUAGGAGGCGACGAUUUGAGAAUCCGUAUCCAGCUCGACGUCGUCGUGGGCCAGAACCAGCUCAUUGACAACUUCGAGUGGGACAUCUCGAACCCGGGCAACAACCCGGAAGAAUUUGCCGAAUGUAUGUGCAACGAGUUGCAACUGCCAGGAGAGUUCGCCACUGCAAUUGCCCACUCCAUCCGCGAACAAGUCCACAUGUACCAUCGGUCGCUGGCGCUCGUUGCGUACCCGUUCGACGGGUCCGUGGUCGACGACGACGAUAUCCGCAGUCGACUCUUACCGAUCAUUACCAUCGACGACGUGUACCGCACGCCCCCAGACACCCGCGUGUACACGCCCAACUUGCUUAGGGUGUCUGCCGCGGAACUCGAGCGUCUGGACCGUGAUAAAGACCGCGACACGCGUCGUAAACGACGUCAAGGUCGUAAUAGCCGGCGCGGCGUCGCCGCGACGGCCACUACCCCCGCACAAACCGAUGCCGCGGCACCACCAGACCUCUCGGAUGUACCCAAGACUUUCCGCAUCCCAAUCCCGUCGACCGUGCUGCCUGGGGGCAUCGAUCUGGGCCCUGCCGUCAGCUCUUACGAGUUGCACUCGGAUAUCGAAUUUCGGCCUGUUUUGCCUAAAAACCCAGCCAUUGAAACGGAAUUUUGCCACGUACUUGACCAUGUUCCCGGUGAGUAUCUCAUGGUGCACAUCAAGCUGCCUCCUGGCCGAUUCAAGCCUUCCAAGGCGGUUCCAAUGAGCGGCGAUGACCCUGUUCAAGCUGAAGACGAUGGCCUUUCGUGA